AUGGAGCAAAGUAAUAAGCCUCACAGGAAAGUGAAGGAAAAGAAUACUGCAAAGAAGAAAUUGCAUACUCAAGGUCAUAAUGCAAAGGCUUUUGCUGUUUCUGCUCCUGGGAAAAUGGCAAAGACCAUGCUGCGUUCUAGUGAUGUUAGGGAACGUAAGUUGCAUGUCCCAAUGGUCGACAGAACCCCAGAAGAGGACCCUCCUCCAGUCAUCGUCGCUGUAGUCGGUCCUCCAGGUACCGGUAAAACUACUUUGAUUAAAUCUUUGAUUAGAAGAAUGACAAAAUCUACUUUAAAUGAUAUCAAUGGUCCCAUCACCGUUGUUUCUGGUAAGCGUAGAAGAUUGACCUUCAUCGAGUGUCCUGCUGAUGAUUUGAACGCAAUGAUCGAUAUUUCAAAAAUCGCAGAUUUAGUACUACUGAUGAUGGAUGGUAAUUUUGGUUUCGAAAUGGAAACUAUGGAAUUCUUAAAUCUGGCCCAACACCACGGUAUGCCUCGUGUUUUAGGUGUCGCUACGCAUUUGGAUUUGUUCAAGUCUCAAUCAACUUUAAGAGCCUCUAAAAAACGUUUAAAACAUAGAUUUUGGACCGAAGUUUACCAAGGUGCUAAAUUAUUUUAUUUAUCAGGUGUCAUCAACGGUCGUUAUCCAGAUAGAGAAAUUUUGAACUUGUCGAGAUUCAUCUCCGUUAUGAAGUUCAGACCUUUGAAAUGGAGAAAUGAACAUCCUUAUCUAUUGGCGGAUAGAGUCACAGAUUUAACUCAUCCAGAAUUGAUCGAAAAAGAAGGUAAACAAGUCGAUCGUAAAAUUGCUUUGUAUGGUUACUUGCACGGUACUCCUUUGUCUUCCGUUCCUGGUGCAAGAGUUCAUAUUGCUGGUGUAGGUGAUUUUUCAGUUGCUCAAGUUGAAAAACUACCAGAUCCUUGUCCAACACCUUACUUUCAACAGAAAAUAGACGACUAUGAAAGGGAAAAAAUGAAGGAAGAAGGUACCUCAUCUACUGCUGCAACUACCACAAGAAGAAGGAAAAGGCUGGAAAACAAAGAUAAAUUGAUAUAUGCUCCAAUGUCUGAUGUCGGUGGUGUCUUAAUGGACAAGGAUGUAGUGUAUAUCAACGUUGGUAAUAAAAAUGAGGGCCAAAGCUUUGUUCCUGGUGAAGAAAAGGGUGAAGGUGAAAAAUUGGUCACCAACUUACAAAUGGUAGACAAGAGUAUCGCUGAGAGAUUCGAUGGCGUCGGUUUACAAUUAUUCAGUAACAGUACUGAAUUGAAAGCAGUAAAUGAUAAUGAUGAAGACGCAGAUGAUAUUGAAUCGGAUAUUGAAGAUGAAGAUAUUAUUGAGGGUGAAGACCAAGGUAGAAAAUCAUUAAGACGUCCAAAAAUGUACGGGAAAUCUGUCCAAGAUGAUGAUGACGAUAUUGACAAUCUACCAUCUGAUGAAGAGGUUGAAGAAGGCAAACCUGAAAUGGUUGAUAUUGAUUUUGGUUCAGGUUUACCAGACAAUGAAAAAUUAAAUUAUGCAACAGAUUCCGAAUUUGAACUUAGUGACAACGAAGAAUCAUGGGCUAAAAAUACUGCCAACAAGUUAAAUGGACAAAUUUCUCGAAAGAAAAAAUGGGACAUUGGUAGAUUAAUUUAUAUGGAUAAUAUUUCACCAAACGAGGUUAUCAAAAGAUGGCGUGGGGAAUCUAAUGGCGACGAGGAUAGUGACAUUGAAGAUGAAGAUGCCGAAGAUGCUGAUUUCUUCAAGAAAAAGAAUGAUUCAGCAACAGCCGCUCAAAACUAUGAUACUGAUUUAGAAAAGUUCGUUCCAUAUUUCCAAACUUUUGAUAAACUUGUUCAAAAAUGGAAUGAUUGUAAAGCUCUAAAAGGUAGAUUUGUCGGUGUACCAACUAUGAAAGAGUCAGAAAAUGCCGAAGAUAAUGAAGAUGAAUUGAUGGAGGAAAACGAAGAUGGUGAAGUAUUUGGUGAUUUUGAGGAUUUAGAAGAAGCUGAGAACAACGGUAACGAAGAAGAAAGCUCAAAAGAUGAUGAAGGAAAUGAAUCCGACGAUUCAUUUGCUGAUUUUGAAGAAGAAGAAAAGAAAGAUUUAACCACUGAACAAGAACGUGAAUUAAAUGCUGCCAAAAAGGAAAAAUUGAGAUUACAAUUCGAAAUGGAAGAAGGUGAAAAUUUUAAAGAAGAUGAUCCAGAUAACGAGUACGACACUUGGUAUGAACUUCAAAAGGCAAAAAUUGCUAAACAAUUGGACAUUAACAACGCUGUAUACGAAGAAAUGACUCCAGAACAACGUCAAACAAUCGAGGGUUAUAAAGCUGGUUCAUACGUCCGAAUUGUGUUUAAUGAUGUCCCAAUGGAAUUCAUUGAAAAUUUUGAUCCACAAGUUCCAGUUGUUAUAGGUGGUUUGCUGCCUACAGAAUUAAAAUUUGGUAUUGUAAAUGCUAGAUUAAGAAGACAUCGUUGGCAUAAAAAGAUCUUAAAAACUAAUGAUCCUUUGGUAUUAUCAUUAGGUUGGAGAAGAUUCCAAACCUUACCGGUAUAUACAACAAGUGAUUCUAGAACAAGAACAAGAAUGCUGAAAUAUACUCCUGAACAUUCUUUCUGUACUGCAAGUUUUUAUGGUCCACUAUGUUCACCAAAUACUCCUUUCUGUGGUAUUCAAAUUGUUGCUAACAGUGACACCACAGGUAGCUUCAGAAUUGCUGCUACUGGUAUAGUUGAAGAAAUCGAUGCCUCUGUUGAAAUUGUAAAGAAACUGAAACUAGUUGGUUUCCCAUAUAAGAUCUUUAAAAAUACUGCAUUUAUCAAGGACAUGUUUUCAAGUGCAAUGGAAGUUGCUAGAUUUGAAGGUGCACAAAUUAAGACAGUCUCUGGUAUUCGUGGUGAAAUCAAAAGAGCAUUAUCUUCACCAGAUGGUUGUUACAGAGCAGCAUUUGAAGAUAAGAUUUUGAUGAGUGAUAUUGUUGUUUUGAGAACUUGGUAUCCUGUUACUGUUAAGAAAUUCUAUAAUCCAGUUACUUCUCUGUUGUUACAAAAUAAGAAAGAAUGGAAGGGUUUAAGAUUGACAGGUCAAAUUAGAGCGGCCAAAGCUAUUGAGACACCAACCAAUAAUGACAGUUCUUAUAAAAAGGUUCAAAGAGUUGAAAGACACUUCAAUGGUUUGAAGGUUCCAAAGUCUAUUCAAAAAGACCUGCCAUUUAAGUCUCAAAUUCAUCAAAUGAAGCCUCAAAAGAAGAAAACAUAUAUGCAAAAGAGAGCAGUUGUACUGGGAGGUGAAGAAAAGAAGGUUCGUUCUAUGAUGCAAAAGGUAUUAACCGUUUCGAAGGCUAAGGAUGAAAAGAGAAAAGCCAAGAAAUCUGAUCAAAGAAAAGAAAGAUUAAAGAGAUUAGCCAAGGUUGAAGAAGAAAAGUCUCAAAAGGACAAAGAAAAGAAGAAAGAUUAUUUCUCUAAACAUGGUAAGAAGAGAACAAUGGAUGGUGAUGAUAUGUCAGGUUCUCAAAAAAAGAGAAAAUAG